AUGCAACUUUUUAUUAUUACUAUUGUAUGUGCUACUAUGUUAACCAUUUAUUGUAAUUCAUCUGAAGAUAUUGUACAAUGUAAUGAUCUUGUCAUCAAUCAUGAGAAACUACAACAAAUGAAUACCAAAGAACAAGAAGAAUUUACUAAAUCAGUUAUGGCAGAAUAUGACAAAAAUUUAACAGAUAUUGCUUAUAUAACGUCGGUAGCUGAAUUUCAAACACAUUUACAUUUGAACGAUUCAAGUAAAAAGCGUGCAAUGGAAAAAUAUUAUGAAACUUAUCGUGUUUGUCUGAAAAACAUUGCGAUUAUUGGACGACAAUUACAAUCACUGAUCAAUAGUAAUCAAACAUCGAUACGUUGGUUAUUACAACGUACACAAGCCAUUGGUGAAGCCGGAGAGAAUAAUACAGUUAAUAAAUUUGAAAUACAAAAGCUAAAAACUUCUAUCAAAGAAAUGUAUCAUCGAAAGUUUAUUUGGAAUAGUACACAAUUAGGCAUUGAUGAAGUACAAGAAAUUCUUGGUACACUCGAAUCACCUGAUGAUCUUCUUUCACUAUGGAAUGCAACUUAUGAAGUAGCGAUGCCAAUGCGAGAGAAUUAUUCAAAGUUAAUUGCUGCACAAAAUCAACAGGCCAAACAGAACCGUUUAAACGAAAAAAGUGAGUCAACAUCGAAUAUGGAGGAACGCCGUGUAGUUGAACAAUUAUGGCAAGAAUUGAAACCACUGCAUCGUCUAUUGCAUGCUUAUAUAAGGCAAAAACUGUAUAAACUACAUCCAAAACAUAUUCAAUUAGAUCAACCUAUUCCAGUUCAUUUAACAAAAGAUAUAUUUGGUUCAAUGAUGACUUAUCUUAUGAAGGAUAUUCUACCAUUUCCUCAUCUCAAAGGAAUCGACUUAGGUCCUGUGAUGAAACAAAAGAAUUUUACUGAAGAAAAAAUUUUUCAAUAUGCUGAUCAAUUUUUUGUGUCAUUAAAUUUAACAAAAGUAUCAAAUCAUUUUUGGAAUUUCUCAGUAUUUAAAAAAAUCCCAGGUCGUCCUAUGUCUUGUCAUCCGACUGCAUUUGAUAUGUACAAAUAUGAUGAUGUUAGAAUUCGAAUGUGUACAAGUUUAACAUCACGUGAUUUCUAUGUUGUUCAUCAUGAGAUGGGUCAUAUCCAACAUUACCUACAAUAUAAAUCUUUACCAUUUUGGUUUCGGCGUUCGCCACAUGGUGCUUUUGGUGAAGCUAUUGGUGAUGCAAUUGCAUUGGCUGCAAUGUCACCUACACAUUUAAAACGUAUUGGUUUAUUAGAAAAUUAUGCAUUGUCGAAAGAGGACAAUAUAAAUUUUCUAGCUUCACAAGGUUUAAGUCGUCUGUUUCUACCACCAUAUGCAUACGCACUUGAUAUUUGGCGUUGGUCAGUUUAUAAUGGGUCAAUACAACCAUCUGAAUACAAUAGACGUUAUUGGAAUCUUGUCUGUCAAUAUCAAGGUAUGAAACCGGCUAAACCUCGUGAUGAACAAUAUUUUGAUGCUGGUACUAAAAUUCAUGUUGCUUUUGAUUUAUCUUAUAUUAAAUAUUUUCUUGCUCAUGUUUUUCAAUUUCAAAUUUUCGAUGUACUGUGCCAAGAAGCAGGUUAUCAAGGGCCAUUACAUUUGUGCGAUUUACAUGGUUCGGCUGCUGCUGGAAACAAACUCAAAAUAUUACUUGGGCUUGGCUCAUCAAAACCUUGGGAGGAUAUAUUAGAGGAAUUCGCUGGUGUAAGAACAUUUUCCGCUAAAUCCUGUUUACGAUAUUUUAAACCACUGCAAGAUUAUCUUGAGUCAUUGGUUGAACAAGGUCAAUUAAAUGUUGGAUGGACUUGUAAUAACGAUAAGAAUGAUGCAAGACGAAAAACAUUAUCUCGACGAAAAUUUUAUUUGCUUAUAUUUAUGAAUUUUAUGUUGUCGAUUAGUUUAUUUUAA